AUGGACCGCAAACGACUCGCGAGCGAUGCUUGCAAGCUAUUAAAACCUAUGUCACGAUUUUCAACCGACGAAAUAGUGCUAAAAUACGCAGAAUUGGGCGAUUUGAACCGUCAGAUCUUACGGAAUCCUCGAGACUUCACCAACGAGUUUUGGGUCAAGUUUGAGAAAUACGGUUAUGUCGAAGAAAAGAGACUGCGAGUGUGUCAAAACCUCACAGAGCAGCACGGAAAUGGGCCUGUGUUUGUUUUUAUCCACGGUUUAGGUGGGAACAUGACUCAAUUUGAGCCACUUUUAAGACUUUUAGCAGAGUUGAAUGAGGGCUUCCUAGCAUUGGAUCUCCCAGGAUUUGGUUACAGUGACGAGAUGACAGAGUACGACAUUGCUACCGUGGCAGGCAUAGUGGAAAAAACUGUUCAGAUUCAUACUCAACGGAAAAAACUGGUCCUGGUUGGCCACUCUUUGGGCUGCCAUAUUGUUAUGCAUUUCAUUUCGGAGUUUGCUUCGAAUUACGAUAUCAGAGACGCUGUUUUUCUGUCACCGGCCGCACCAGAUCUGCCCCAGUUAAAGUCUCUUAUGGCAAGUAUUGGCCUUUGGGUGCUUGCUAAGGUCCCGGUACUAUUCGAUUGGUAUCGGACUUACUUUGAUCAGAAGAAAGGCCUUGAGAGCUCCGGGAUCAAGAAAUUUCAUCACAAGAGUGACACAUACCGAAAACUUUGGCAGUUUUUCUACAACGUUCAAAUAAAAAGCCGAUCCAUCAUUCAGUAUCUAAGGGGCUGGACCCCUAUAAACUGGUCAAGUGACACCGUAGCAGGCCUGGCAAGUGCUGUUGUAAUCACGGGCAAACUGGAUCCUAUUACUCCAUUAUCGACCGCUAAAUCCUUCUACGCAGCGCUAGAUCCUGUCAGGCGGAAAGACUUCAUAGAAAUCGAAGAGUGUUCGCACAACAUAUGCUUCGAUAGUCCGAACCAAAUCGUCAGCCACUUUUUGGACGUGAUUGAUCGCCAUGGUUAA